AUGGAUAUCACUCGUCGACGAGUAUCAAUCAUGAUAAACCCGACAGCUUCACCUGUUCGUGGCCGGGGUGGGAGAAGAAGGUAAUAAUAAUUUUUGUUUUAGCUUUUAAUUUUUGGAUAAAAUUUAGUGUUUUAACUUGAAAUUUGAAAGGGGAAUGGAUUUAUUUCUUUAUAUUUAGGUUGUUGUUUUAUGAUUUCUAUUGUUUUAGAAUGUCAGUGGACGAUUCCACAGCCAAUUUGGUUACUCGACUUCACACAGCCAUGGAGACGUUGGACUCUUUAUGGAACAAAGUCAGUUUAGAUCAACCAGCUAGGGAAUUGAGGAUUCAAGCAGCUCAUGAACAUUUCUACGCUUUGCUCGAAGAUAUUGUAAGUUCUUUGCUUUUUUCGUUGGUUUUUAGGGUUCAAGACGGUAUAGAAGCAAUUCUUGAUGGAUAACUUAAAGUUUGACAUCUGUUUGAUGUGGUAAAUUCAUAUCUUUAUCUUUUUGAAGUAACAACAAGUUUUUGCUUUUUUAGGCUUAAGGUCAAGUUUUAAAUUUAUAUUAUCUAUCAAGCUUUAUAAAACCUACAAAACUUCAUGUUAAAACAUAAAAUUUAGGUGGAAAGCGAGAAAGAGAUGGUAGAAGGUGUAGAAAGCGAUAUCAAGACAGCUCUGGCUAUGAAUAAUUCUCUUCGCGAAGAGCUUCACGAGGUACCUUUUAGAGUAAAGGACUUCAAGCCAAUGUCGGUUUCGUUGCUGAAAGCUUUGAGAAAAGACUUGGAGAAGUUGAAGGCUUUAAAGGACAAGAAGAUGGCCAAACAGUUGAGUAUUUACGACGAGCUUUUGCAAGUUUGCACUGCUUUGGACGAGGAAGUUCCUUUCUUCGAUGGUGUUGAAGAUAAAGUAAGUUUUUUUAGAUUUUAUAUUAUCCAUGUCAACUUUACUUUCAAAAUUUGCUAUUUCAGAUUUUGUCGCCAGAGAUUGUAGCCCAAAUUGACGAGCUGAAAGAUCAGAAGAAGCUGGAGUUUGAAGAACGUCUAGAACAGCUUACAACUCUUCAGAACAAGGCCAACAAGAUGAAUCAAGUUGUCAAGAACGUGUCUUUGGAGGAGUUUGAAAAGGAGCUUCUUUCUCUAGAUUUUACUUCAAAGCACCGUGUACCUUUGAGUCUAUCGUUUGUUCAGAGGUUUGAGAAGUUGCUUGAGAAGGUAAAUUUUAUAGUUUUUUUUUUUACAUGAUUUAGGACGUUCGGGAGGGUGCUAAAAAGUCUUGACGGUAUUUUGCACUGGGUUGUAAGUUAAAAAGCGGCAAGUGUUUUAAGAGUUCUUGCUUUAAUUUUCAUGGUAAUAUUAUAGUAGACAAGGCCUAAAAUAAGCGAAAAUACAUAGUUUUAAUGUUAGGGUUGCAUUUUUUACCAUUUUAGUUCGCUAAUGAAUACCAAAAAUGGCUGGAAGCGAUGGAGUUCGAAUAUAUUGAAAUGUACUCAAAGUUGAAGGACUUGGCUUUAAAAUGCCAUGCUUUGGAUAUUUUGGAUUGUCAUGAAGCUGAGUUUGAUCCAGGUAGGUUUUGUUUUGUCACUUCUGUCUUAUUAUGGCAGAAAAAAGUUUUGUCGUUCCUUAACGUUGAAUACGGUGGUAAAAAACGACAAGACUUUUCUGAUUUUGAUAUUUAAAAAAAUAUUAAAAAGGUAUACCUAUUCAUGUACAUUAUUAUAGGCACCCACAGCGAAGACGAAAUUAAUCGCAUGAGAGUCGAUCUGGACCGUCUUCAAGGUCAGUACGAGACAGGACGUGAAGUCUACGACAAGUUCUUCGAAUGGUACCAAGCCUACGAAGAGGUACAAGAAUUGGAAGUCGAAAUGCAAACAGAAGCCUUCAGAAAGAACCGUGGUGGAUGUUUGAAUCGAGCUCUACAAAAACAAAAGUCGCUAAAAGCGAAACAGCAAAAGGUCUUGGAGCAGCUGAAGGAGGUGAACGAGCUGUUGCCCAAUGCCACUAUUAAUGGUAUGUCAGCAUAUGAUUUUGUAAUGGACAUGAUCGAACAAAAGGAGAUGUUGAAGGAGAACGCCAAGGUUAUUAAGGUGGGUUUUGAAGGGUUUAACAAGGAGGUUCUUGGAGUUUUGUUACCUAAAAUUCAAUUUUUUUUAGUUUUAACUUUGAUUUUGUUACAUAAAAUAUUCUUUUUGGAUUUAAAGUUUUGCUUUGUUAUCUAAAAUUUUAUUUUUUAUCAAAAAAGUUGUCUUGUUACCUAAAAUUUUAUUUUUAGACCGUAAGGCUUGUUAUGUUGCCUAAAAUUUUGUUUUUUCAUUAAAAAUCUAUUUUUAUUACCUAAGAUUCUAUUUUUAGACCAAAAAACUUGUUUUGAUACCUAAAAACUUAAAAAUUUCAGAAAAGAACUCGAGAAGAGCAGCUCAAGUACGAGCAACGAUUCGGAACUCCACCUUCAAAGAGUAUCCCAACUUCUAGAAAACGUCUUCAAACACCAAAUACGGUAGGAGUGAUCAGGAGCAAGAGAAAGCGAUCUUCAAGUGUAUCAGUUAUUGAGCCAAUCUCAAUGAGUCGAGUAAGGUUUUUUGUUUGAAAUGGUCUUGAAACUUAGUUUGUAAAGGAAGUUUUUGCCAUAUUUUUUUCUGUAAAAGAAUUUCUUGCCAUUUUUCAUUUUGUAAAGAAAGUUCUUGCGUUUUUUUACUUUGUAAAGAAAGUUCUUGCUAUUUUUUUGUUUUGUAAAGAAAGUUCUUGCCAUUUUUUGUUUUGUAAAGAAAGUUCUUGUUAUUUUAUAGCUUUUUUCAAGUUUUAAUACUUAAUUUUUAAAUUUUCAGGUUCCAAUGUCAUCCUCCCCGAAACCAGCGUUUGCCACUCCCUCCCGCACCCCAAGUCGACUAGUGGCUCCAAAAACAUACCGGUCGGCACGUCGUUAA